GUAUAUUCUGAUAUGGACGUUACCUUACACGAUCCCGUUUGUAUACUUGGGAAGAGGACAAAAUACUUUCGUUAAACGCAAUUGUUCAGAACAGAAGUGUUACGUGACGCCAUACAGUUACGCUUUAGACGAUAUCAAAGACUUCGAUGCCAUAGCAUUCCACGGACCAGAAAUCAGCCAAUUUAAAGUGAUACCACCACAGAUACGGUCACCACAACAAAUAUACAUUUUCGGGAGUUUAGAAUCUUCUCAUAACUACCCAAUAUGUGACCAAAAGUACAACAACUUCUUUAAUUGGACUUGGACGUACAGAUUAGACUCAGACCUCCUGUUUGGAUAUAUGAUAGUGAAAGACAGUGAAGGCCAUGUCGUGGGACCUAAUGAAGUAAUGCAUUGGAGGAAAAGGGAGCAAAUGUUGCCAAUAGAUUCCGAUUUAAAGAACAUAUUGGACACAAAGCAUAAGGCUGUUGCGUGGCUGGUGUCCAAUUGUAAUUCGAUGAGCAAACGAGAAAAGUUUGUUCAAAACCUCGAAAGAGAAAUGGCUGUUCAUGAACUACUGCUAGAUACAUUCGGUAAGUGUGGAAAAUACACGUGUGGAUCGAAGAGGCUCCUACUGCCAGAUUGUUGGGAAGUAAUUCAGUCCGAUUAUUACUUUUAUUUGUCUUUUGAAAAUUCCUUCAGUAAGGAUUAUGUGACGGAGAAACUAUUAAGGCCACUACAACACUAUACCGUUCCAAUUGUUUACGGUUCUGCUAACUAUACAAGAUAUAUGCCAGAUGGAGCAUAUCUGAAUGCCUUUGAAUUGGGUGCAAAAAAACUGGCCGCGGAAAUGAAAAGUAUCAUAGACAACAAGGAGAGAUAUUACAAUUUCUUCAAAUGGCGCAACCACUACUCGUACCACGAUAUAUCUGAAGACUCAGCUACUGACAACUACUGUCGUUUGUGCGCGGCUCUCCACGCCAACGACACAAGGGCCAAGACAGAGGAUAUACCAUUUACAGACUGGUGGAAUUCACCGUUCAAAUGUUCCAAACUGUAAAAAUAAAGAUGUGUUCAAAAUGAUCUAUGGAUAUUCAAAUUAAACAUAAAAACAUUUUGAUUACGACCUCCUUUACGCUUUAGAUCAAUGUUUUAAAUGUGUGUGGCUUAAAAGGGUGAAACUAUGAUUCAGAGAAGAG